AUGGCUCUAAUCUCUGCUCUCAACCUAAAACCCACCGCUGACUGCCGGUGGAGUCAUGGCGAGAUCCAUGGUGUCGUUCAGCAUUGCGGCGAUGCUGGUGGUGUGCUCACUUGGCUCGAAGACACUGCAGUCGUGGCAAACGGGUUCAACUACAGGGAAGCCUUGGAGAAGAGCUUGCUAUUCUUCGAGGCCCAGAGGUCCGGCAAGCUGCCACCAGAUCAGCGUGUCAAAUGGCAUAGUGAUUCCGGCCUGAAAGAUGGGUUCGACCAAGGGGUGGACUUGGUAGGAGGAUACCAUGACUCUGGCGAUCAUGUUAAGUUUGGGCUGCCCAUGGCGUUUGCUGUGACAAUGCUUUCAUGGAGCAUCAUCAAGUUCGAGAAAGAGAUUGCCACUGCCAACCAAUUAGAGUACGCUCUAGAUGCAAUUCAGUGGGGAACUGAUUACUUCAUGAAGGCACACAAACAACCAGAUACCUUUUGGGCACAGGUUGGUGAUGGAGAUAGUGACCAUUACUGCUGGAUGAGGGCGGAGGAUAUGACAACUCCGAGGACUGUAUACAAGGUUGAUUCUGAGCAUCCAGGUUCCGACAUUGCUGCAGAGACUGCUGCGUCGAUGGCUGCAGCUUCUAUAGCUUUUAAGCCAUACAAUUCUUCGUACUCCAAGCUCCUCCUCUUGCAUGCAAAGCAGUUAUUCUCCUUUGCUGAUACAUUCCGAGGCCAAUAUGAUGACUCCAUCGACAUCGUUCGAAAGUACUACCCUUCAUCAUCUGGUUAUCAUGAUGAAUUGCUGUGGGCUGCUGCUUGGCUUUUUGAGGCGACUGAUGACCAAUACUACCUAAAAUAUGCUGCUGAUAAUGCUGUCUCCCUUGGUGGAACUGGGUGGGCUGUCAGGGAAUUCUCAUGGGACAACAAAUAUGCGGGUUUGCAGGUCCUUCUAUCAAAGGUACUAAUGGGGGGAGGCAAUGAAGCCUACAGUUCCACACUCAAGCAAUAUCAGGCCAAAGCUGAGUUCUUCCUGUGUGCAUGCCUUCAAAAGAACAAUGACUACAAUGUCGAGAUGACUCCAGGAGGUUUACUGUAUUUUGAUGAGUGGAACAACAUGCAAUAUGUUGCAACAGCAUCAUUCCUUUUGGCAGUUUACUCAGAUUUAUUAUCAAUGGAACAUGCUAAACUUGAAUGCCGAGAUGGCCUAGUUCAACCUGCAGAACUCCUUAAGUUUGCACAAUCCCAGGCUGACUACAUUCUUGGAAAGAAUCCAAAGUCCAUGAGCUACUUGGUUGGAUACCAAUGGAAUUACCCAACUCAUGUGCACCACAGGGGUGCUUCAAUACCAUCCAUUUUUGUUCUACCAUUCCCCAUCGGAUGCGUUGAAGGAUUUGAGAAGUGGUACUACCGUCAAGAGGGCAAUCCCAACGUCAUUAUGGGAGCUCUUGUUGGAGGUCCUGAUCGACGAGACCAGUUUUAUGAUGAUAGGUCUAACUACGAGCAAACUGAGCCCACAAUUGCUGGAAAUGCUCCUCUAAUGGGGCUUUUUGCAAGGUUAGCUAGUGCACCAGGAUACUCAGGUUAUCUUCCCAGAUAUUCAACAACAUCAACUUCAAAAGCAACUGCAGAGGUGCCUUUCGAAUUCCUCCAUACGAUAACCAACACAUGGAAAGACAAAGGUGUUGAUUACUACUGCCACCGGGUGACAGUCAAGAACACAGGCAGCAAGCCAAUAACUGACGUCAAGCUGCGCAUAGAGAAUCUCUCAGGGCCUCUAUGGGGCCUGUCACCGACAACAGAGAACAAUAUCUAUGAGCUUCCUCCAUGGCUCAAAUUAGUGAAGCCUGGAACACAGUUCAAUUUUGUUUAUAUCCAAGGAGGAUCACAAGCUAACUUUUCUGUUGUUAGCUACCACUAA